AUGUCGAAGUUCUCCGCUGCAAUGGUGGCUCAGCCUGGUACUUGCGAGCCAGCAGCUGAACUAUCAGCACAGACCAGUCUCAAAGCGAAACAACAGCCCGUCAACAAGGUCAUCACCACCAUCGUCGAGACACUUGAAGCGAAUCUACCACGGCUCGUUGAAGCUGCUGUUGCCCAGCGUUUGGCUUCGUUGACGAAGAGUUUCGAAGAGAUGUCCACGACCAUGACGAGCCUUAUGGAGACUGUCCAAGAGCUCGCAAAGGCUGUUAAGCCAGACAACUUCCGCACGGUUGAGCCACUCACCAACUUCAUACCAACUCUCAGGUACAAAGGACUGACUAUGAACGAUGUCACGUCACUCAGGAACAUGAAACCCGAGGCCCUCCUUGGUAUCUUCAAGAAGGCCGGCAAGCCGUACAAUCACAUCGUCGGCUAUAAGAUACAGGACAAAACCAAAGGCACCAACCCGCAUGCUGCUUUAUCCGACCGACUUGAGCUCCUCCUCUACCUCGACACCCAACAAUCUUUCGUCCAGCUGACUAGGAAAGAAAUGUCCAUCUACACCAUGAAAUUGCUGAAGCUUUCGAAUCGAGCACACCUCAUGACGGAGAAGUACUGGGUCCACGACUUUCAUCUCCUUGACCUGAACAAGGUGGAGACGAAGAGCUUCAAAGAUCGGGUCACGGAGUGGAACUCACAGACUGGGCUCAAGAUUUCCGAGAUCGACUUCAAGUGUGGCAGACUCUUGUUGGGCUUUGACAACCCGAAUGAAGCGGAAAAGGCAUGCACUUCCGUCUUCUACAUUGACGGUUCGCCCAAUAGAGCAGUCUGUCCUGAGUACCCUCGUGAUGGGCUGGCGAACACCGACAAGUUCAAAUGUCUCUUUUGUGCCAGAAUACACGCCGGUGUCUGCCACUUCAAAAACGAUCCGUCUGGGCAAGAAUGCUUGAACUGCCUACGAGAAGGAGUCUUCCCGAGGAAUCACAACACCGAGUCGCAGGCUUGCCAGAAUGCUGCAGUCAAGCUCCACCGAAUCAAAUGCAAGACAUUUUUGGCAUGUGGACCACAGUGGGCGAGAGGUCGAAACAUACCGCUAAAUCCGAUUAUACCUUUCGAUCAUCCAAGCGACACGGGAAUGCAGGCCAAGCGUGGACCCGGCCGACCGAAGGGAAACGCCACCAACAAUGGUAACAACAUGACCUCGGUCGAAGACAAGCUGUUGCCGAUGGACGAGAUGGACUUUGUCAAUCCUGAGGAUACAACGCAGCCCGGCGACAAAGACAAAGGAAAGGCCAAGGCGGGAUCGUCCGAGUCAGCACCAAUUGUUGUCGAUGACGAAGACUAUGGAUACAGCUCGUCCGACGAUACUUUCGGGAGUUUCGCUGAACUUUCAUUGGAUCAUGAAGAGACAAGCCAAUCUACCGUCCGCUCCAGCAACUCCACAUUCCACACUCAGUCCACGCUUCCUUCCAGCCAAAGCGUCGCCUCCUCCAGCCAGAUCUCACCGACUCGUAGCAUGCUAGACGUCCUCAAGCCAUACAGCGACGAACCGACGAAGGAGAAGAAGAAGUCGGCGCCGAAAUCAACGGAGAAGUCAACCCAAGCGGCGAAGAAGACAGCGACGCCGAAAGGGAAGGAGAAGGCAACCCAACCGGAGAAGCCGAAACCGGCUGCACCAGAGAAGAAGACGAAAAACUCGAAGAAGGCCCCUCUUCCAUCAGUUGAAGACCGUGAGCCGACCGAUUCAACUGCCAACACACCGGAGCAAACACCAACAGGCCAGAAGCGGAAGCGCGUAGAUGCGAAAGCAAAGCAAUCUCGCGUCGCAGAAGCCACCGAUGCAGCUGCUGGCGACACCGCCGCUGAGCACUUAUCCGACCAAGAGCCCCCAGCUCGACGUGUGCGAAUUCGACCCGGCCGUGGCCCGCGGCCCGCAACGGCAACGGUGAUCAAGAAAGAGCCCUCCAACAUUGAGAUACCGAUGACACCCGACGAUUCUCCAUUCGCGCCAGAUGUCUCGAAGAAGCGCAACCUCGCCAAUCCUUUCGAGAACAAGAGCGGCCGCGCCAGUACCGUAGUAGUUCCUGCUACCCCGGAAGAGAGCCAACUUGUAUGCGCCGCAUCGUCUGCUUUCGGCAAUGGCGUAGAGACGAUUGACCUCACCGCUGAGCUUACCGACGCAUCGAUGAGUGAGAGCGAGGUUGAAGAGACGGAGUUCUUCGACGAUCUCUACCCCGACGACGACUGA